AUAAUAAGGGAUUGACCAAGCGGAGUCCUGUGUGUGACCUUUUCAAGCGAAACAAUCUCAUCCACGUAUACUGUCUAAAGUACAUUCUGUAGCGGUGUAAAAUACCGUAGCAUACUUCCACACAGGACAUCGAAAAUCAGUGUUCAUUUGUGACAAAUCGUUUCCAUCAACCUAACUUUCCAAAACUAGUACCACCGUUGUACAGACGGCUGUGUCCAGUCAGUGAUCAAUGGCUAGCACACGCAAAGUUGGAGUAGCUGUAUGUGGUAUGGGAAAGAUUGGUUCUGUUCAUUUAAACCAUGUGGUACGAAAUCCAAGGACUUCAGUCAAGUGGCUUGUUGAAGAAGAUCUUGAAAGAGCAGUACAUUUAAAAAACGAGUUUUACAUGGACGAUUCCGUACAAAUUGUCAAUGCAAGUAAGCUGAACAAAGUUCUAGAAGACAAAACCACAGCUGUAACAACUGCAGAAGAAUACAGUUUCUCAGCAUUUAAAAACAUCAUACAGAUAUGUAACAUUGUAGAGCGUAUUCAUUUACUUUUCAUUUUUUAUUUUCAAGAUAUUUUUUUACAAUUUUUUAUACAUAUUUGCAGACAUUUUGAUCCAUCUAUACGGGAUAUAUGUAAACGGGUGAAAGCUGGUGAGCUUGGAGAAGUAAAAUCGAUUAAGACAACAAGUAGGGACCAUCUACCACCUCCAAUCAGCAACCUAAAAACUUCUGGUGGUAUAUUCUUUGAUUCCGCAACCCAUGAUAUGGAUUUGAUUUGCUGGAUACUUGGAGAAUCGCCUUCCACUCUAUACUGUCAGGCCCAUGCGUUCAACCCAGAAAUUGCAGCUAUCGAUGACUUUGAUCAAAUUGGAAUCAUGAUGAAAUUUCCAGGCGGGGCUAUAGCACACAUUGACAUAAAUCGACAGGCACUGUAUGGUUAUGAUCAGAGACUUGAGGUAUUUGGAUCUAAUGGUAUGCUUGAGUCUAAAAAUAUGUACCCAACAUCUGUUCACUACCAUAGCAAAUAUGGGCAUAGUUUGGGUCAUAUAGAAGACUCGUUUACAGCCCGCUACAAAGAGUCAUACCGUUUGGAAUUUGAACAUUUUCUGAAUGUCUACCAAGGAAUUGAAUCCACCUUGGACGUAUCAGAAGAAGACUGCAUCCGGGUUACUAGACUUUCCGAGUGUUGUAGAGAGUCGUUACAAUCGGGCAAGCCAAUCCAGUUCAAAAUGAGUUAACCCGUUGGAUGUAAUAUAGAACAUGACAAUGCAAUUUUUUUACGGGAUUUGGUAAAUAAAGAUAAGAUGGUAUUUGAACGAACAAUAUCGUUAAUGCAUAAAAUUGCAUGAAUAGAAGAAGUUACUGGUACCAUUAAAUUUGAAAUAAACUAGGCCACUCAGGGUAUCAGUGUUAGUUUAUAGUAAAAUACAGAGUUAAUAUGUAUAAGAUAUUUUAAUUGUGUCUUAUCGAUAUGUUUUUAAUUUGUUAAACAGAAAUAAAGUGGAAUUGCAUGAUAUAAACUUA